UGCGCUCGUUUGCCAUUAGGAAUGGGAAAUGGGAAAUGUGACAUCGCCGGUGCGGUGGGUUGAACGGGUGGAAAAACGAAAAUGACUGACUGGUGUUGGAUUUUGUGUAGAUGCGCCAGUCAGAGCCAAAGCGAUGACGCGGGAUGUGAGCAUGAACAUAAGGAUUCGAGAGCAAGGAUACAGCUCUGACUGCCGCUGAAGGAGAGGGGGAAAAUGCUCCUCGCUCUACGGCAAAUGAUAAAGUCGACAUGAUGAGGUGAAAAGCGGUUUAUGGGGUGUUGUUGGAAACUAGAGGGAAAUGGGAAGAGAGCCUGCCGUUCCGGUUGAAGUGAGUUGCUGAUGCCAGUGGUAACUGUAGCAAAUGUGAAUUGUGAUGAAGUCAAUACAGCAUCAGUCGGUAAUCAGCUUCUACCGUUUCUGGCUGUGCCAUUGCGGGAAAUCUGGACAGCCGGAGUCAGUUUAUCAGGAACAAUCGAGCAAGUGACAUCAAUCGGUUCCUACCGUCUAGAGUGGAAACAUCGGGUCGAAACAGUUGCGUCGGGAUUUUAGUGAAACGUCGUUGGUGAAACAUACUAUCACUUGAUGAAAUUAGAUGUUUAGUGUUCUUCACUGAAGAGUACCGUUUAGGAGUGCAUUUCUAGGGAUCUCGUGAAAAUUUGUUCAAAUUUUCAAAGUGACAGUGUUCAUUAUUAGUUCUUCUAAACAGUUGAUGACAAAUCGUCAAUAGAAUAAUUCAAGUUGGAUUUCAAAUACGUUUGGCAACCACGAAGAAUGGGAACAGGUGACAGAUUACUCGACAUCCCAUGCAAGGUGUGUGGGGAUCGUAGCUCAGGAAAACACUAUGGCAUCUACAGUUGUGACGGCUGUUCUGGAUUUUUCAAACGCAGUAUACACCGGAAUCGAGUUUACACCUGCAAGGCGGCUGGUGAACUGAAGGGUCGGUGCCCAGUGGACAAAACCCAUCGGAACCAGUGUCGAGCCUGUCGAUUAUCCAAGUGCUUCCAAUCCGCGAUGAACAAAGACGCUGUUCAACACGAACGCGGUCCGCGGAAACCCAAGCUGCAACACCUUCAGCCAAAUGGACAUCAUCCACAUCAUCUGGGAGGACCAUUCGUGAACACAUCGUCCUACGGCCACGUUCCUCAUUUUGCCAACCUGCACCAUUCAGCAAUGCAACAGAGCUCGAUCCUUCAUCAUCCACAGCCUUUGUCCUUUGCCCCAUUGGGACACCACAUGCCUCCAACGCUCCUGCCUCCAGUAAAAUUAGAACAAACUAAAUUUGAAUUUCCUCCCACCAGCAAUGGACAGUUACCUCCCUCAUUGUUACCCUCUGUCAAACUAGAACAGAACAAAAUGUCUUCGUUCGACUUCCCGCCAUCGAGUCAUCGAUUCUACAAACCCUUAGAGCAACUCCCUCCUUCACCUACAAAUUCCAAAAGUUCAAUAAGUGUAGACUCUCCAUCAGAAGGCUUAACCAGUCCACAACCUUCGACGAUAGACUGUGGAUCCAGUGUCCUUAGCCCUACCCCAAUCAAUGCUAGUAAUCUCAGUCUUCCUUCACCAUUGUCCCAAACUGGGGUGUUAGAUAUCAUAAUGAGUUCCGAUAAAUGCCAGGAAUUCAUCCAGUAUCAAAUGCACAAUAACAAUCUGAUGUUCCCAGGAUACAAUUCACCGGAAACAGGUGAAACAGUUCCCCAACCACCUCCUCCGCCUCCACCACUGAUUCCACAUCCCACACCUUUGACUGCUGACAGCCCCGGAAUACGAUUACCCACUUGGGAAAUUCUACAGGAAACCACCGCCCGACUUUUAUUCAUGUCAGUGCGAUGGGUACGCUGUUUGAUCCCCUUCCAAACGCUGUCCAAGAAUGAUCAGCAUCUUUUGCUACAGGAAUCGUGGAAGGAGCUGUUUCUGCUAAAUUUCGCCCAAUGGAGUGUUCCCUGGGAUCUGAGUGCAUUGCUCGAGAGUCCACAGGUGCGUGAUCGAAUACCGCAUGAUCCUGCCACCCAGAUGGAAAUGAAAACGAUGCAAGAGAUACUGUGUCGCUUCCGGCAGAUUUCCCCGGAUCUCAGCGAACUAGGCUGCAUGAAGGCAGUGAUACUAUUUUCUCCAGAAACUUCCGAGCUAUGCGACGUCCAACCGGUGGAAAUGCUGCAAGACCAGGCCCAGUGUGUCCUGUCAGAUCACGUACGGGUGCGCUAUCCCCGUCAGCCGACCCGAUUUGGGCGCCUGUUGCUUCUGCUCCCACUGCUGCGGACAAUCCGCUCCGUAACCAUCGAAACGCUUUUCUUCAAAGAAACCAUAGGUACCGUGCCCAUCUCCCGGCUCCUAAUCGAUAUGUAUCAGAUGGAAAAGUACACCGAUCUCGAAACCGGCACACCAGGAGUCAGCAUCGGUACACCGUCAGUGAAGCAUUAAUCGUUUGGCCAGGUGCGAACGAAAUCAUCAUUUCCCAUCAGCGUGAGAGGGGUAUGUAGUUCAUAGGGAGGACAAAUGAAAAACAAAAUUUGAAGAAACAUCCAGGAUAGAAAUAACCACUGUCAUGAAUUUCCGCGAAUAUACUUUAAGUUAAACAUAAA